GAGUCUGAAUAUUGCUACCAGACGCUCACAUUUUCGUUUAACGUACAAAUUUAUUUCUAAAAUUAAUCAGAAAUAAAUAUAUGCACAUACAUACAAGGCAAAUACUGCGUGGCACGGUGCCUCAGAUUUCAAAUUCGUUUAGCUCUCCCAAAUGUGUUUGCUGUGAUCUCAAAGAAAAUUAAACUAUCAUAAGGUUCCUAAAUGAAUUUAAUAGCAAAUUGAGCGUAAAAAUUUGCUAUCAGUUAAAUGCGGAAAAUAAUUUUGUGAUAGUUUUGGAGGGUAUUUUUUGCGUUUUUUUCAAUUUCUGUACACAUUUGAAACCCGGCUUUGACGAAGAAAGGUUUAAAUUUUAGUGAGUUACUAUGAAAUUAAUUGUUAACGCGCACAUGGAAACUUUCAAGAGUACUGACACUGUGAUAAAGUGGAGAAUGUGCAUAUAAAAUAAAAUAUAAAAUAAAAAUAAAGCAAAAAAAUAAGUUAAUUAAAUAAUCAAAUUAAAUCAGUAACAUUUAGAAAACUUCUACGCAAAAUUUAUUACUUCAAAUCGUUUAUUAAGAACUGAAAUUCCUGUGAAAAUUCAAAGACCCCUCCUGAGGGUGUACACCUACAACCUAUAGUUCCUGUGAAUAGUACCCAUAUAGCGAUGGCGUUCGAUUUUGUUGCGGGUUGCCUUGGUGGCUGUGCGGGUGUGUUGGUUGGUCAUCCCUUUGAUACGGUUAAAGUCCACCUACAAAUGCAAGAUGUUAAGAAUCCCAUUUACCGAGGUACGUUCCACUGCAUCUCAUCACUAAUUCAAACUGAUGGUACGCGUAGUCUGUAUCGAGGCAUGUCCAGCCCAUUGAUGGGGAUCAGUGUUGUGAAUGCCAUAGUCUUCGGUGUUUAUGGAAAUGUACAACGGCAAAUAGAGGACUCCAAUUCCUUAUUUUCGCAUUUUAUAGCCGGCUGUGCUUCGGGCCUUUCGCAAAGUAUAGCGUGUUCGCCAAUGGAAUUAGCUAAGACGCGUAUGCAGCUACAGCAUCUCGAUCCAAAAGCGCCUCAAUUCACAAGUCCAUUCCAAUGCAUAAGGCAUAUAAUUCAGAGAGACGGAUUUAAAGGAGGGUUUCGUGGGUUGGGUAUAACAGCCGCCAGAGAUGUGCCAGCUUUCGCCGCCUACUUUGUUAGCUACGAGUGGCUUAUGUCUUUAAGUGAAAAACCCAACGUGCUUCAUGCCCUUGCUGCCGGUGGCAUGGCCGGCAUUGCCUCCUGGCUCGUAUGCUAUCCUACAGAUGUAGUCAAAACAUUAUUGCAAGCAGAUGGAAUGAGUUCAGCACCAAUAUACGAGGACGCUUGGGAUUGCGCAGUAAAGAAUUAUCACAAGCACGGCAUACGCUUCUUUUCCCGGGGUCUCAACUCAACCAUAAUACGAGCAUUCCCUGCGAACGCAGCCUGUUUCUAUGUAGUUGCGUGGAUUUUGGGUUUGGCCAAACACACAAAUAUGGAUGUGGAAUUACAAACAGCAGAUCAGCUGGCUAUCUCGAGUGUUCCCAUAACUGUGGAGAUGCCACUCUCGUAUUUACAUAGAUAUGAAAAGGAGCGGCAUGAAGUGCGCGAAAAGCGGUGCACUAUGGUAAAAAUACUACAGACAUUGGGUUCGUUCAAUGAAGCCGUAUGUCAUUCAGAUAUUGAGGAGCUGGCACAUGAAUUCUAUCCAGAAAACGAUAAUGAUUUUAAAUAUUAUGUUUUUGAGGACGAACGCUUGCACAUAAAAGAAAUUUUUGACGAUUACGAGUAAUACUGCAAUGCAGGUUUAGCGUACUCGUGCAUAUGAGCAUUUUGCAUACACACAUACAUACAUACUUAUUUAUGUACAUAAAUAGUGCUAAAGCAUAAAAUAGUCGUCUGUAGUUAGGAACUAUGAAAAUUAUCAAAAUAUAUUCUAAGUAAUACUUUAAAAUUGUGUAAAAGAAGGCAGUUGUAUUUUGAACUGAUAAAGGGAAAAUAAAAAAUUCAUUUUAA